AUGCUGGUUACAGAACGGUACCAGGAAGAAUUGAAGUUACGGGAAGCAAGCCCCGAUAAAGUAUUCUAUGAUGGUGUGAAUUUAAGCGGAUUGGAUCCUAGUACUAUAUUCGCUCCAGCUCUCCUCUUGGUCAUGGCCGAUCUUGGUAUUAAAAAUCCCACCUUGGGCGCUAUCCAAAUCUCAAUAUUUGUUUUGGCAUUUGCACUUGGCCCUAUAUUCGCAGCACCGCUUAGCGAGAUAUAUGGAAGAUCUAUUAUCGUGCGAAGCGGUUUCGCCCAGAAUGCAGCUCAACUUGCCGUGUGCCGGUUCUUUGCAGGAGUUGGAGGUUCUGGCGGGUUGGCCGUUUUUGGAGGUGUCCUUGCUGAUAUUUGGGAUCUCAAGGAACGAGCAAAAGCAUCAGCUUUGAUGUCAACUUUACUAAUUUUAGGGCCUGUGGUUGGCCCUGCCUGUGGUGGCUGGAUAUCUGAACGAGCCUCUUGGAGAUGGACUUGUUGGGUCCCUGCCAUGGCUGCUGCAGCAUUGGAAAUCAUUUCUCUUAUUCACAUGAAAGAGUCGUAUAUUCCAAUACUUCUUGAACAGAAACUUCAGAGAAAUAAGCGAUUACAUCCAGAUAUGGACCUAUACACGGUAGUCGAAUUGCUCUCAGAUUUAUCCACUCGGAGGGCGGGAUCGUUUAUCUCCUCUGCCAUUCGCCCUGUGAUAUACUUGCUUGUCGACCCGGUUCUAUUUCUGCUGUCGCUCUAUUUCGCGUUCGUAUUCGGGGAAGUUUACCUCCUUAUAGUAACAUUCCCAGAUAUUUUCGGGGACGGAUACGGCCAUUCGGCUGGAUUUGUCGGCAUCGACCUCCUGGCCCAGGGGGUGGGUAACAUCCUAGGUCUGAUUGCAACGGUUAAAGUGCAUGGGAUUAUAUACGAACGCCAAACGCGCCCCGAUAGGCGUUACAACCCGGAGUCUAGAUUGGUUCCUGCAUUCCCUGGUGCCCUUUUAAUCGUCGCUGGUCUGUUCCUAUAUGGCUUUUCUGCACUCAAAUAUCACUUCAUCGUGCUGGCAAUUCAGCUCUAUAUUGUGGACUGUUUUGCGUUUCCCGCUUCAGCUGUCGCCUCAUCAUGGGGGUUUGCGUGCGGCGGCGAAAAAGCUAAGGUGGAGUACAUUCUCAAUAAAAGGUACAAAUGUAAAGGCGAGAUGGCCAAUGCAUUGAUAACCAUACGCCAGUCUAUACAAAAGAAGAGGAAAAGUGCCAAGCAGCAGCCAUUGCAAGACCAGUACUAG